GUAAGCGUCGUGACGGGCACACCUGGAGAUGCAGCUCAGGCUCUGAAUUGGCGGCAAGAAGUGUUCCUCCGCGAGUGGGAGGAAAAACCACCUCGGGAAAUUCGGUGCGAGCGGUUGUAUAUCUCAAAAGUUGAACCAUAAAGUGUGAUCUUUCCCACGUCAUUUCCGCCGCGAUGGACGACUGAUAAAAAAUGUAGAUUCAACGUGCGCUCGAGGCAAUUUUCACGGCUUUUCCGGCGCGUCUUCCACCUCUAGAAAUACACACAUACACAGAGAGAGAGCAGAUAAAAGAGAACACAGUGUAACACCGGAAAAAAGUCCACGCACAGUGACGAAGAGAUUGUUGGCAAAAGUGAAGUCUUCCAAUUUGAAAAGAAAAAAACCAAAACUUGGGAGAUGAAGUGCAAAAUUCUCUGGAGUUUAUUCCUCUUCAGUGUCGUCAUGUUGGCAAAAAGCGAAUCCACCGCCACCGUGUUCGAUUCUCACCUUCGCGGCCCGGGAUUCGUGAUGGAGCCGCCGCCGCGGCUGGAGUUCAGCAACUCCUCCGGCGCCUGGCUGGACUGCUCGGCCUCGGGCAGUCCGCAGCCGUCCAUUGACUGGCUGUCCGUGGACGGCACGUCGGUGGGCGACGUGGGCGGCGUGCGGCGGGUGCUGCGCAACGGAACGCUGGUGCUGCUGCCCUUCCCGGCGGCCGCCUAUCGCCAGGACAUCCACAACACCAUCUACAGAUGCGUGGCAUCCAACAACAUCGGACGCGUGAUUUCCAGGGACGUUCAAGUCAGAGCCGUGGUCGCCCAGGCCUACAAGGUGGACGUGGAGGUGCUGAGCGCGUCGCGCGGCUGCACGGCGAUCCUGCGGUGCGUCGUUCCGACGUUCGUGAAGGAGCUCGUGCGCGUGGUGUCCUGGGUGCAGGAGCCCGCCUUCUACAUCUACCCGUCGCUGCAGGGCGACGGCAAGUUCCAUCUGCUGCCCACGGGAGAGCUGCUGAUCCACAACCUCGAGUACAGCGACGAGUACCCGACGUACCGCUGCCGCACGAUGCACAGACUCACGCGCCAAGUGGUCGUGAGUUCAGCCACGAAAGUCAGGAUAAGCGAUCAGAGGGGCAUCGUGGCGCCCAGCAUUGUGGAGCACACGGCUCAUGUGUCUGUGGCCCAGGACGAAGGAGCGGUGCUGCUGUGCAUCGCCCAAGGAUGCCCCGCCACCGAGUACAGAUGGUACACACACAACACCCCGGGGGAGCCGCUGCCAGUGCUCACGGGGCCCCGCAUCCGACUCCUGGGCCCCGUCCUCGCCGUGGAGGCAGUCACAGCGGAGGAUGCCGGCAUCUACAAGUGCUCAGCAGCGAAUGCAGGCGGGGAGGCGAGUGCGGAGCUGAGACUCUCCGUGGCGACGCCACUUCAGGUGGAAAUUGCACCGAAUGUUCUCAGUGUUCACAUGGGCGGUUCUGCGGAAUUCCGUUGUCUGGUGACGAGCAACGGAGUGCAGCUGGGACAGCAACAUAUCACCUGGUUUAAGGAUGGACGCCAACUGCCCAGCUCGGGGCGGAUCGGAGACACUCUCCUGGUGACGGCCGUGGGGCGGGAGGACAAGGGCAUGUACCAGUGUGUCGUGCGGCGGCCGGAGGGCGACACAUUCCAGGCGGCGGCGGAGCUCCAGCUCGGGGACGCUCCGCCAGUGCUGCUGUACAGCUUCAUCGAGCAGACCCUCCAGCCAGGACCCGCCGUAUCCCUCAAGUGCUCAGCAGCUGGAAACCCAACACCUCAAGUGACCUGGGCUCUCGACGGCUUUCCCCUGCCAACCAACGGCAGAUUCCUCAUCGGACAAUAUGUCACAGUCCACGGAGAUGUCAUCAGCCACGUGAACAUUAGCCAUGUCAUGAUAGAGGACGGCGGAGAGUAUUCCUGUAUAGCUGAGAAUCGUGCUGGGAAGGUCUCUCACUCGGCUCGCCUCAACAUCUAUGGUCUUCCGUACAUUCGCCUGAUACCAAAGGUCACGGCUGUUGCUGGUGAGAAUUUGCACCUCAAGUGUCCAGUUGCCGGAUAUCCAAUUGAGGAGAUUCACUGGGAGAGAAACGGUCGAGAGUUGCCGGACGACAUCAGGCAGAAGGUGCAGCCGGACGGAUCGCUGGUCAUCAGUCCCGUCCAGAAGACUGAUGACUCUGGCGUGUACACGUGCUGGGCACGGAACAAGCAAGGCCACAGCGCUCGAAGGAGCGGCGAGGUGACAGUGAUAGUACCCCCAAAGCUAAAUCCCUUUCACACGGCCGCGCUGUCUCUCAACGUGGGCGAUCGAGCCUCCCUCACCUGUUCCGUGGUGAAGGGCGACCAGCCGCUCACGAUAAGCUGGCGCAAGAACGGGCGUGUGGUGGACGCCUCCCAGCGGAUGUCCGUGACGCAGGUGGAUCAGUACAACAGCAUCCUCGUGAUCGACAGCCUGUCGUCCGAGCACACUGGCAAUUACUCGUGUGCCGUGCGCAAUGCAGCUGCCGAGGUGGAGACGUCGCAGGCCCUCCUGGUCAAUGUUCCCCCUAUUAUUGAGCCUUUUUCCUUUCAAGACGGACUGGCUGAGGGUAUGCGAACCCGAACAGUGUGCGGAGUCGCGCGGGGCGAUGCCCCGUUGACGCUGCGCUGGCUCAAGGAUGGUGAGCCUUUGCCCCUGUUGCUGGGGGCCAACGUAACGUCUCUUGACCAGUACUCAUCCCUCCUAAGUAUUCCCUCCCUCUCUGCAUCUCACUCCGGUGACUACACUUGUGUGGCGACCAAUCCAGCCGCUGAGGUUAAAUUCACGGCAUCGCUGAUGGUGAAAGUGCCACCGCGAUGGAUUGUAGAGCCGGCGGACGUGAGUGUGGAGCGGAAUCGUCACAUCACAAUCCACUGUCAGGCACAAGGAGUGCCCACACCCGUGGUCAUAUGGAAGAAGGCGACAGGGAGCAAGUCGGGCGAUUACGAGGAAGUCAGGGAGCGUCCCUACACCAAACUCCUCGCCAACGGCUCACUUCUGCUGCAGCACGUGAAGGAGGACCGAGAGGGCUUCUACUUGUGCCAAGCCCACAAUGGCAUCGGCACUGGCAUCGGGAAAGUCAUUCAGCUGAAAGUGAACUCCUCCCCCUAUUUCUCCGCUCCGAGUCGAAUGGUGACCGUGAAGAAGGGCGACACAGCAGUGCUCCAGUGCGAAGUGAACGGUGACAAGCCAAUCAAUGUGGUUUGGCUGCGAGCUGGAAAGCACGAACUGAAUCCCUCGACAAACUAUCGUGUGGCUGUGAAGCAAGACGCCACUCCAGAAGGCAUUUCCGCAGAGGCUCAGAUCACCAAUGUGGACAGCAGCGAUAGUGGUCCGUACUUCUGUCAGGCCAGCAAUCUCUACGGCAGAGAUCAGCAACUGGUGCAGCUGCAAGUCCAGGAACCGCCACAGGCGCCAGCCGCGCUGGAAGCAUUGAUGGUGUCCAGCAGAUCGGUUAAUCUCAAGUGGCAGCCUCGCAGCAACGACGCCGGAGAGGUGACGAAGUACAUCGUGGAGUACCGCGAGAUCGAUCGACAGUGGCAGUCAAUGGAACUGGCGGAUCCGCCGCAGUUCGCGGCGCUCAUAGAGAACCUGAAGCCGGCCACAAGGUAUGCGUUCAGGGUGAUCGCGGAGGGAAAUGCCGGAAGGAGCAGUCCCAGCCAGGAGUUGAUAGUCAAGACAGAGCCGCAGAGACCAGCAGGACCUGCUCUCAAUCUCUCCGCUCGGCCGCUCUCGUCCACGGAGAUUCUGGUCACCUGGACUCCGCCGCUGCCGGAGCUUCGCAACGGAGAAAUUCAGGGAUACAACAUUGGCUACAAGUCCUCUCUGUCCACAUCCACAGCCUACAACUUCACGUCGGUCUCCGGAGAUGGAGAGGACGGAUCUGGAGAACUACUGCUCAACAAUUUGUCCAAAUACAACAGGUAUACUAUCGUCGUCCAGGCCUUCAACCAAGUGGGGCCAGGCCCACUGUCUGAACCUACAAGCGCACAAACCCUGGAGGAUGUGCCCAGCAUGCCGCCUGAGGAUGUCCGUUGCGCCGCUCUCACGUCGCAGAGUCUGCAGAUUUCCUGGCAACCUCCGCCGGCGCAUCACACGAACGGCCUCCUCCAGGGCUACAAGCUCGUCUUCGAGCCUGUCCUCGAUGACUUUGCAGGGACCAAUGAAGACAUCGAAACACGCAAGACCACAGCUCAAACCACAGUCCUGACGGGUCUGCGGAAGUACACGAACUACAGCGUGCAAGUGCUGGCGCACACCAGAAUGGGCGACGGCGUGCUCUCGAGCCCAAGCUUCUGCCAGACCGAGGAGGAUGCCCCGGAAGCGCCGGCGGACAUCAAAGUCGUUGUGAGUUCGCCGCAAUCGCUGUUUGUGUCGUGGCUGCCGCCCAAUGAGCCAAACGGGGUCAUUACCAAGUACAAUCUGUACACGAGGGUGGUGAAUGGCCGCGAGGAGAUUAACAAUGAGAAGAGGAACUUGCCGUCUCAGCAGCUGAGCUACGAGGCGAAGGGCCUGCAGGCGCACGUCGAGUACCAAUUCUGGGUGACUGCAUCGACGCGCGUUGGCGAGGGGAAGAGCUCAAGGGUGGCGUCUCAAAUCACCUCCAACAGGGUUCCUGCAAGGAUAAUCUCCUUCGGAGGACCUGUUGUCCGAGCGUGGCGUUCAUCAGCACAGCUCUCGUGUCAGGCCGUUGGCCAGCCUCGUCGGGAGUGGUUCAAAGGCGAUUUGUCCCUCAGACAGAGUGGCUUCAACAAUGUCCAGAUCCUUGACUCUGGAGAGCUCUCCCUCGCGAAUCUGCAGAUGCAAGACUCUGGCAACUACAGUUGCCAAGUGGACAAUGGCGUGGGAACGGAUCGACUGACUUACAAUCUCCUGGUGCAAGUUCCGCCCGCUUCUCCGGUUCUCUACGUCACGAGCGCCACUUCCAGCAGCAUUCUGAUGCACUGGAAGAGUGGCGUCGCGGGCAAUGCUCCCAUCACGGAAUACAUGCUGCACUACAAGCGUUCUCACGGGAAUUUGGAAGAAUUGCCGCUCUCACGCCACGCCUCGAGUCACGAGCUCAAGGGUCUGCUCUGCGGCACGACAUAUCAAAUCUAUCUGACCGCCGCCAACAAGAUCGGCAUAUCGCCGGCCAGCACAACGCUUCACGUACGAACUCAGGGUCAACUGCCGGGAGUGCCCGCGCAUUCCGCCCUCUUGGCGCCGAACUCCACGUCGGUUCUCCUGCGGCUGCACUCCUGGCCCGACAACGGCUGUCCCAUCCAGUACUUUGUCCUGCAAUACCGAUCCCUGUCGGACUCCGAUGACAACAAGUGGAUUCUGGUGUCCAACGCUCUGAAGCCACAACGAAAAUUCACAAUUACGGGUCUCACGCCAUCGACACUGUACCAGCUGAAGAUGGAGGCGCACAAUGUGGCAGGCUCCGCGGACGCGGACCUCAACUUUGUCACCCUCACGAAGGACGGCGAUCCGCCGCCGCCGGAUCUGGUGCAGCGAGGACAUCGCACCAUCACGUUCUACAGCGACAUGAAGUUCAUCAUUCCAAUCAUCGUCACUGCCUCAGGGAUCAUCUGCACAAUGGCGCUGUCCGUUCUUUGCUACAAAUUCCGUCAGAACAGUCGCGCCCGGAAGGAGGCUCUCGAGAACCAGCACAACGCCGAAGCCCAGCGCGAGCGGUACUACGCCACGAUUCACAAGGUGGCGCUGCAGGGUCCGGGCGGGGACAAGAUACCAGAAACUUCCGAAGAUAUAUCACCAUAUGCGACAUUUCAACUUUCAGAAGCGAGCACCCUGGCGCAGCCCCACCACGCGGGUCCGGCCAACACGCUCCUGCACUCCUUCAUGUACCACGAGCGCGCCAUGACCGAGGGAUGCGCCUCGCCGCCGCCCCCAGCCGCGGUACUGCGACAACUGCAUAACAAAUCGCCGUAUUACAAUGUUGUGCGCCCCGCUCCUCAAUUGGCUAAAAACCGCCGCCGACACUCGAGGAAGACAGAGCUGGAGAGUGAGGAGUCAGACUCCGACCAGGACCAAUUGACAUCGAGCAGGACAGAGUCUUCAAACCACCUGGAGGCGAAGAUGAAGCAUAGUCUCAUCUAUCAUGGGACUCAGUCCAGCACCUCGUCGGAUCUGUCGCCGAUGUCGGAGCAGAAGUCCUUGCCGAGGCGUGGGCGAUCCAGGCUCACCCUCGCUCGCCGAAGCAGGGGCACGAUGCGAUCCCUGCUGCCGCUGCAGCUGGCAGAUUCCACCCCAGGCGGCGCCUCCUUCCACCAGGUGCCCAUCGAGGGCAGCACUCCGGAUCGGCCUGAGUUGUCCGAGGCCGAGUGCGACAUCGACACGCUGAAGAAGCUGAAGCUGGGCAUGCGAUCCUCGCUGUGGUCCCGGCCGGCGCCCACCAACUCCGGCCAGGUUCCCGGACACCCGUCUGACUACUCCAUCGCCGUUUAACCACAGGGGAGCACUCGGCGAAGAGGCCCGCGCUUCUAGUGCGGCGUCUUCGACAGUUGUGCCAAAGACAGUUUUCCCAAGAUACUUGCAGAUGAAAAACACACACACACACAUUAUCAAAUUUGAGUCAUUUGAGUGCUGAUGGAAUAGGAGAAUCAAAAGGAACAUGCGAGAUUUUUAUAAUCAAAAGAAAUUGAAGAAAAAUGAUUGAAAAGAAAACCAAAAAAUGAGGUGGAAAAAAACGGAUGAAAUAUUGAAAGUUUAGCCAAAAUAGUUUGUAUAAAAGAAAACAAAGUGGCGCGUAUUAUGAAGAAGAUAUUUAUAUUAGUAGAGUAAUUUUUAUACAAAACUUUGUUAAAUUGUAAAAUUUUCUAAUUCGUUAGGAAUGAAUUGACAAAAAAAAAGAGAAUCAAAGGAAGUAUAAAUAGUGAAGUUCAUCCCCUCAAUAAAUGAAAUCUAACACCACAGUUUUCAUCUUCUUCAUUUUUGCAAAUGAUAUUAAUAGAGAGUUAUUGUGAAACACGUCCCAAAGAAAAUUUUGACGACAACGUUUUUUAAGUCGGAUUAAAAUGAGACAAUUUUAUCUUGAAGAUAUUUUAAUGACGAUGUGAGAAAAUAUGAAUCACUAUAUUGAGAACUUUAAAAGGAAAAGUAACUUAUAUAUAUAUUUCAAGACUGACUUUUUCAUUACUUGUAUCAGUUAUAGAAGGAGAUCAAAUUUCCGCUAGUUUUUCAGUUUAUUAGGACGAAAGAAAGUGUAGAUAUUCAAAUACAAGUGAGAGAGUCAUUGUGCAUAAAAUAGAGCCGAUAAAAGGAUAAUCUUGAGCCGUUUCUCCAUGUCAUCAGGAAUUUAUAGAGUAAAUAGAAAUUUUCAAAAUAGAGCAAUUUCACAGAGAAAAAACACAUCGAAUGAUGUGCAAUUUUCACAUUGCACUCAUUUCGUCAAGUAAUAAUCACAAUUAUUUCUCCUCGAUUGUGUGAUAAUCGAGAGGAAGAAUAGAGCGAGAGAAACGAUUCAGAAGGAUGUUAAAAAUAGAUGAAACAAUAUUAUAAAUUAAUUACCCCAUCGAUCCACAAAUUACAAAAAAAAACCAAUACUGCCCGAAAUAA